AUGCCUCACGAUCUUCUAGCGCUGCCAUCUUUCACCUGCAAGGCUAGAUGUUGUAGCGCUUUACUUCUCCUCCUCGAGUUAGCGAGCACCGCUGCUCUCUUUGUGCUCUAUGCGCUGUCUUCGCUUCACCACACUACGCUGAUUCUCAGCUGCGCGGUCGGUGUGGUGAGUAUUCUCUGUGGACUUACGGGAGUUUGCAGAUCGACUCCAGCGGCAGUGGCCAGCUUCAUGGUUGGAAUCGGGUCCUGUUUUGGCUUUUCAGUCCUUGGAGGGCUGUGCCUCUUGUUCACUGCAGACGUCGAGCUCGAGGUCGCGGCAUACCUCGAGAAAUCGCUCCUCCUACGCGAUAUUGAGAACAGAGAGAAGCUACUCACUGAGACGAAGAGGAUACUGGAAAUUGCAGCGACAGUUCUCAUCGUGGAUGCUACUGCGCACCUGUGUUUUAGUUUAUAUCUACGCCGACUACUAGGCGAGCGACGCGCGGCUGUAGCGUUCCUCCAGAUUUUCAGCGUUAUCAUGUUCCCGCUCUCCCUUUUCCUCAUUAUUGGUGGGAACUACGUCGUCGACACUGGAACGCUGGCCUCGGCUCCAUACGCAGGCCUCGCAAUCUUUGCCAGCGGGGUUCUGCUAUUAAUUGUAGCGCUUCUUGCCUUUGUGGGAGGAAACUUUGAGUAUCGCCGACUUCUGUCGAUCUGCUACUUGCUGUCGGCCCUCAUCGGAGCGUGUUCAGUGGUGCUGGCAAUCACCUGCUUCGCUGGACGCAGCUACGUAGAGGACAACAUCCUCCAGAACUGGGAAAGUAUCCGCAUCCUGCUGCCCCCAACGUCUCAAGUGGUGUACGACCGCAAUCGGUUUGCAGCGGCGAUGCGCUCCAAUUUGAACGCGGUUGCUUACGUGGGGCUCCUAUCAGGGCUCUUUGUACUAUCCGAAGCGGGUAUGAGCUUGUCACUGAUGCGUCACGCAGCUUCAUGGAAGCAGCGCCUUGCGCGCGCAAAGCGCAGCAUUAAAGACCUCCAGCAAACUGCUGUCAGUCUCGAUCCGGUCGAUGUGAACGCUAGCGUCCCCGAAGCAGACUCGCCACUUUCGUUCUUUCAGCAGUGGAUAAAUCUCUUCGAGAAAUCGACAAGACGUCAGCGGAUUGCGAUGAGAGUUGUCGUCGUGCUCAUCUUGUUAGCUGUGACUUUCAUCCUCGCCGUCAUGUGCGCAAAUGUGGUCUUUGUCGCCAAGUGUAGCAGUAUCGAUUCCCGUAUUGCUUCGGCCAGUUUUCCGCUCGUGAACUCCAGCACCAAAGCGCAGAUUGACACGAUUGAAGUGGUAAACUCGUUUACACGCGGUGAAAUCAUCGUUUCGUCCGCCAAUACUGAAACAGGCACUAUGGAUAUCGGCUUUUUUGGAUCAGAGGUAGGAACUAUUGAAGAAGAUCGUCGGUAUUCCUCACUCACUCGCUAA